AUGGAGCCUAAAGUGAACUUUGAUGCUAAGAGGUUUUUGGGCCAAACAUUUGACUAUAUUGUGUGUGGCGGAGGUACUUCAGGUUGUGUCAUUGCAGCAGAACUUGCUUCAAUUCCUAAUGUCUCCGUUCUUCUUGUGGAAGCUGGAAGAGAUUCUGGCCUUGCGCCAGAUGUUCUCGUGCCCGGAAAAUAUGUGAAGCAACUACAAGAGGAUAAAGAGGGUUUAUGGGAGCUGGAGACAUUCCCACAGGCACAAUUAAAUGCGAGAAAGCUGAAGUUUUUGAGAGGCAAGCAGCUUGGAGGCAGCUCGGCCGUCAACUACAUGGCGCUUGCACGGGGCCCAGCGGCUGAUUAUGACGAAUGGGCAAAAGUUGUGGGCGACGACGGGUGGAAGUGGAAGAAUAUUCUACCAUUGAUGAGAGAGCUUGAGGAAUUCGACUCGAAAGUGCCUGCAGAUCUGAAUAGAUUUGCUGCUCCAAAACCUGCAGAUCAUGGAACCUCUGGGCAAAUUGCUUUCGGUGAUGAAAUGGUUCCUGGAAUCGAGACGUUCAUCAACGCGUGCUCCGAGAACAAGAUUCCAUUGUGUCCAGAUAUUAACUCUGGAAACCCGGUGGGCGUUGGAUUGGCCCAAUUCAAUGUUCGUGAUGGACAGAGAGAUUACGCCGCCAAUACUUUCCUGGGCGAGUCGGCUCGCGCAUCACUAAAGAACUUAACCAUUCUGUUGGAGACGGAGUGCGACAAAGUUCAUUCCAAAGACGGAGUUGUUACUGGGGUAGAUUUGUAUCACAGACCAACUGGAACGCAAUUCCACGUCUACUGCCGUGAGGAGGCUGUUCUCUGUGCUGGCACCUUUGGCUCUCCUAGAAUUCUCAUGUUGUCUGGUAUUGCAUCCAGAGAUACUUUGGAGCGGCUGGAAAUUCCAGUGCAAGUUGACCUACCAGGAUGUGGCCAAAACAUGCGUGAUCAUUCAAUCAUCACUUGUGAAUACAAAGUGAAUAACUCCAUCCCGGCACACAACCAGCUAUUUCUCAACCCGGGUCUUCUUGCAGAAGCAGAGGCCCAAUAUGCAAAGAGCCACACUGGGCCUCUCGCCAUGUAUGGAUCCAGUGGUACUUUGGCAUUCCCUAGAAUCCAACGCCUAUUGGAAUCGGAAGAAUUCUCCAACCUCAGUGACGAGGAAAAGAAAUUUAUGAUGGAGCCCACAAGGCCUUCAGCUGAAAUUUGGCUCGGAUCAGGGCCUUCGGUCUACCAGGACAAUUCACCGGAACAGAGCUAUAUGACGCAUGAGCUUCUGCUACAGAAUAACCUCUCGCUUGGUACAGUCAUGAUUCGUUCCAAAAAUCCACGGGAUCAGCUGAUUGUCCACCCGAAUUUCAUGGCUCAUCCAUUUGAUCGGCGAAUUGCGAUUGAAACCGUCCGUAUGGCGCUGAAGAUUGCUAGCACAAAGGCCUAUCAAGGUGUCAUUGAACGAAUGGUCCACGGUCCUAAAAUUGAUCUUGCAACUGCCGAUCUUGACGCCAUCAGUGAUGAGGUGAUGCUGGAUUUCAUUCGCAAGAACUUGGACCAAGGAUACCACAGCAUGUCUACUUGUCGCAUGGGUAAAUCUAGUGAUCCUGAAGCUGUUGUCGACGUUCAUUUCCAAGUCAUGGGAAUGAAGAACCUGCGCGUGGCAGACCUGAGUGUCUGUCCGAUUCUCACUUGCAACCAUACCCAGAUCAACGCUUACUUGAUUGGUCUUCGAUGUGCAAGGGACAUAAUUGAGACCCAUAGGUCUCGUAAACAGCUUGCGAAGUUGUAG